AUGGGGAGAAUUAAGAAGGUCGCCAGCCAAAAGCAUGAGGCUACAAUCUCACCAUUUUUGCAAGAAUUCAUAGCGCAUGCCACAAGUAUUCCCGUUCCAGAGCUCCCGUCGCUUCUCAACACAUUCCCUAAGCUAUGGCCGUUCCCGCGCGGUGAUCUCUACCAUUGGAUCAAUGUCUUGGACCGAUUCGACGAGAUUCUGGCCUCAGCUGUGGACAAAUACCUCCUGAAUACUGGCCCUCAGACCCAACUGUUUGCCCGAAGUGUUUUGGAGGAAUCAUAUUCGGCCGAUGAGAGCAAGAAGCCAGCAGAGGGUGUUGAUGCUAAACUAAAUGCCCUGGGAUACGGCCCUGAAGGAGAUAGAGAGCUUGUGGAAGCAGUUCUUGAUUUUUCUCGCCUUUUGCUCGAGAAAUGUGGGAACCGAAGCCUGUACAGCAGCAGCGAUCGCCUAGGUGACCUGUUGAACACCACCUCACUUUCUCUCCUACAAUCUACAUUGCGGCUGUCUCUUUGCUUAGCUCAACGAUACCACUCUCGCCAGCGUGGCACCCAUCAACAGUCCGUAUUGCAGUCCCACUAUGCGCUUGAUCUCGAAAAGUUGCAGAAAAUCGCGGCUCCUUUCCCGCGUCCAGCCAUCGCCAGUAAAACACCGUUUGGCACGUCUUCCCCCGUUUUAACCAAGGGAAAGGAAAUCACAGCCAAGACGAAAGUCAACGCCAAUGAACUGGUUUCCCUCGUGCGUGAUGACGAUGGCUGGGAGGAAUGGGGAGAUGUUCGAGUCCUGUACUAUCCCUCAGGCUCUGAACAGGCCAGAACUACGUCCGAAUUUGGCCAAACAGAGCACGGCUCACACGUUCCAGCUACGCCAACUCCAUUGCGACGUAGCGCACACCCCACUCCUCAUUCCAACCAGGCCUCGAAUGGAGAUGAAUCACCAGCUGUUAUCGGUGGGAAGGCAGAAGAGGCUACACGAGCGGGUAAAGUCCUAGAGCUUCCCUAUUCAAAAGUUUCAACUGCAAAGGUGGAAGAUCUUCUUGCGGCGAACUUGCCUCAUCUGCCCCUUGAAUCAAAAUAUGAGCUGCUUCACAAGCUCCGAGUCGCCAAGGCGUUGACAACGUCGCGUGCUACGCGCGAACAGAUUCUUUCCAUCAAGGCACUGGCAGUGACAAAUCUGGCCCAUGUUCAGCCGGAGAGUACCUUCCAAGCAAAGGUCCUUCAAUCUGAUAUGGAACAACCGAAGCGUCUUCAGCUUACUUACCAGCUCGCUGAAGUGGUUCAUCUCGGUGCCAGUGGUGACCUCGCGGUCUCUCGGUCUGUCCAAACUUUGGCGAUCCAGGCGUUGGAUGCUUUGGCCAAGCACAAGGUUCGUGCUAUCGACGUCUGUGCAGCUUUGAGCGUCAAUGUCAACCACGGAAUUCUCAUGUUCUUGACCCGUAAAAUGGUCAAUGAACUAGGCCCCGAAAACAACGACCCGGAUGAUGCUUACUACGAUGAGUGGCGAGAUGCGUUGCUUGCACUCCUACGCACUCUCCCAAGCUCGAGCACACGUACUCCGGAGACCCUGGUUGCAGCAGGUCUGAUUCCCAUGUUUGUUGACAUCUUGAAUCUGCGGACUGAAAAAUCCCGCCGAGUCUAUUCCCGUAUCAUGGAGUUCCUUGACACAUUUGUGCACGCGGUCCGUGAUGCACUGGGUACAUUGACAACAGCGAAGGGUUUUGACGCCAUGUCUGAUUUGAUUGAUCACGAGACCAAGACCGCGUUUGAGAAGGUCAAUCGAGGGGAUGGAUUUCCUGCUAAAUACAAAAACCCUUCGGUUGACUAUCAAAUUCCUUACUUUCAGCAGCAGACUCUGCGCUGGAUGUUCCGUUUCGUCAACCACAUCAUGCAGCACAAUGGCGGAGGCUUCGAUCGUGUUCUGCGCAACUUGAUCGAUUCGCCUCAGCUGUUGACUUCUCUUCGCCUUGUGUUCGAGAAUGCUCGUGUGUUCGGUUCACAUGUUUGGAGCAACGCCGUCAACAUUCUCAGCAGCUUCAUUCACAACGAGCCUACUAGUUAUGCUGUCAUCGCCGAGGCUGGCCUCAGCAAGAGCCUUCUUGCUGCGGUCAUGGGUCGUGAACUUCACGUUCUGGAGAAGCCGCCGGCCGUGGAGCCUGAAGACCGGGAGACUGAGGCCGACACCGAGGCCGAACCCUCCGCCACUCAACCGCCCAGCGCCGAAGCCGCUAUUCAGUCCGAGGGAAAGCAAAAGGAUCGCGAGUAUGCCAUCGUCAGACCCCAGAACACCCCUCUCGCACCUGGCAUAAUGCCCGCGGCUGAUGCUCUUGCUUGUAUCCCUGGCGCAUUUGGAGCUAUCUGCUUGAACUCCUCCGGUUUGGACCUCUUCCAGUCCUCCGAUGCACUAGAAAGUUUCUUCGAGAUCUUCGAGAACCCCGAGCAUAUCAAGUGCCUUAAGGAUGACCCAGAACUGGUUCGUUCGUUAGGCACGACCUUUGAUGAGCUUGUCCGACACCACCCAGCAUUGAAAACCUCUAUCAUGUCUGCCGUUCUUGUAAUGGCUGCUCGUAUCAACGUUCUGGGGCGAGUCAAGGCAUGGGAGCUAGGUAUGGGCACAAAAAUGUGGACCCAAGAUGCCGACGGCAAAACAACUCUUUCAGGAGAUGUCUUUUCAUUGUUCCGAGAGAUCGGCACAGCCGUUGAUGCACCCAUAGACGACCCUGCCUCGUUUGGUGCUCCCCAGCUCAACGCCAACACUCUGCCUAACGGCGCUAAGCUUGUCGUUGGGGAUCUAGAUCACGUCCUCCCUUCGCCGGGCCCCAACUUUGAGCCUAGAGAUAAGGAUGAUCAUGGUCUUUCGGCUACGGACUACCUGUUCCCAGCUUUGCGAUUCCUGGGCGCUUUCUUCGAGAACCAGACGAACUGCACAUCCUUCAUCCUGGCCGGCGGCACAGAGUUCUUGUUAGACAUUGCAACACUCCAAAGCUUGGCGUUUGAUUUCCACAGCACCAACGCCAACCAAGAGAUUACCGUGCUUAUCCACAUGCUAGCGGAAACGAAGCCUCACCUUGUGGUCCCAUCUCUUGUUCGACGCGCACAGGCAGCAGUGGACAAUCUUUCAGCCUUUUGGACUGCGCCCACUGGAUCGGGAUUCUUCACAGAAUUGAUCAAGCCAGCAGAUUCAAAAAAACCUGCUCUCGAGCCUACGGCUGCUGCUAAAUCUGGCACAUUCUUCGUGAGACAUUUGAAUGCUGUUCUUCUCCUUACCGAUGUCCUUCGCGAGGUUUUCGCAUCGCCACUGUACCAAACCCGGCCUGGUCAGUCUACCUCUAUCUUUGGCCAAGCCAACCUUGCGGACCACUACUGUUCCCUAGUCUCCUCAUUGAGCAACCUUCUUGCUUCUUGCGUGUGGGAAGGUAUUCUACUGGAGAAGAACAUCCCCGAGAAGUGGCUGAAAGCGACACAGGCCUCUGCUGAGAAGCAUGGCUCUGGAAAGUCAAAGGCUGCUCCGGUUACUGGGAACCCCCAGGAGCCUUCAGCAACGCCUGGCGCCGAACCUCAACGUGAGGGCACUAGUGCAUCAGAGACUGCUCCAGCUCAGUUGGGCCAGGGUCCGAAAGAAGAUGACACCGAAGUUGAUGAACAGUGUCCUGCUUUCAAGAAUGCGCGUACGCUUCGCUACCUUCUAAGCGCUCUGCCAACCUCGAUUACGGGAUUCUUGCACAACCUCGGACUCGGGAUUAUCGGCAAGAGACGCACAGAUCCGCUGCAGAAACAGAAGGCGAAUGCAUUUUUGGUCUCAGACGCCAUUGCUGAAGGUGUUCUUCGCCAACUGCAGUUCGACCCGGCCAAUUCCAGCAACAGCCCCAAGCAUCGUUUCGCAUAUCUCAUUGUCAUCCUUUCACACUUCUCGCACCUUCUUUAUGAAGUCUCCUCAGAUCGUCCCAGUCCGAACUACUUGACUUCAGUUCUCGUCUCGUUCAAUAAAAACAACGGCCUCAAAGUAUUGAAAGACAUCUGUGACGUCUUCUUGAGUGAUAUCAAGUCCCUUCCAUCUGCGGAGUCUAUUCCCGACCAAGACAAGGAGCUUGCUGACCGGCUUGCAUCCGGAUAUGGUGGAAUUAAAAUCAUUCUUGGAUUAUUCGCAGACCUCACUGCUGGGAAAUUCAUCGUGGACUCUAGCCAGACACAAGCCUUGACUUCUCACCCUGACCGGGACCGCGACCGUCCCGACUACUUCCAGCCAGGUCAACUCUUGGUGGAUCUUCGCAUGGAGAUCUUGCCCAUGGCCAGAGACAUGUGGAACUCGGACUUUGCGACCCAGUCAUCGAGUCCAAUUGUCCGAUUGUUGAUUGAUAUCAUGCGGUUCUCCUUGGAUGGUGAAUACGAGGCUGGCGCGGCUCGUAAAGCAGAUACCCCGCCCGUCUUGGUAGAGGUGCCCAAGAAACCAUUCGUGGUCCACACGGAACGAGCAACUGCCUUGCUUGAGAAAGGGUACACGGAUGUUGAUCUCAAUAAAGAAGCCCUUUAUCGUUGCAACAAUCUUUUAACGGCGGCUGAAGAAUACUGCAAGGCCCAGCAGUGGCUACGAGCCCCUCCCAGAGUACCCCCGAGUCCCGGCGAUAUCAAAACCGGACUACCCGAGUCUGCUUCUGGCAUCGACCUCCUCGAUGACCCUGGUCUUGGAGAGGUUCCACCUUUCAAUGCUGCCAAUUCGUUAGACCGCUCUGGAGCCCUCCAGUUGAUUCUAGCUCAGGCGCAACGUCCUCCUUUCCCCGGAGGCGAUAUUGACUCCGACAUGCACCGCAAUUUGGCCGAAGCUCUAGACAAUGUUCUCAACGACAAUGAUGACAUGGAUAGCGAUGACCGAGGCGAGUCAUCGAACCAGCGUCGGCCCGAGAGUCGUAAUAUCGGGGCAAGCUCUUCCGAAUCUACCGCGCCCCCUCAGGGAGAACCGGUGAAACGUCGCCAUAUGGUCACAAUCGAAGAUCUGGAUGCAGAGAGGCAAAACAUUCGGUCAAACCUGAUCGAUCGGGCUCUGGAUAUUCUAAAUGAACAUCAUGAUGUCUCUUUCGAGCUGUCUGACUUGAUCACCUCGGCUAUCAAGAAGCACAACGAGCCUGUCAACUUCCGUCGAGACAUUGGAGAGACCCUCGUUCAAUCGCUAGUCUCUCUACAAAUGGAGAACUUCCAGACAGCUGGCAAAAAGAUUGCAGCUUAUGCCCACAUUCUCGCACUGACCCUUCAAGAUCCUGACAUGUACCUCGCCACUCUUGAAGAGCUCAAAGAUUGCUUCUCGACUUUCCUUGGAUUUAUCAAGCUCCCAACACCCGAAAAGGCCGACCAAGAAACCUUCCCUUGGGUUGGACACGUCCUUCUCAUUCUCGAGAAGCUUCUGUCUGAUGAUUGCCAGCCUCCCCAGAUUGCCUGGAAACUGCCAAGUCUUGAUGAUCCCAACCCCAGCGGCGAUGAACCAGCCCGUCUUGAAGAUCCACUUGUCUCCCUCGAUGAGAAGACCCAGCUAUUUGAAGCUCUUGUCGAGAUCCUACCCCGAGUGGGCAAGGAUGAUACACUCGCGCUCUCCAUGUGCCGUGUUCUUGUCAUUCUCACCCGCGAGCGCAGCAUUGCCGCUCGCUUUGGUGAGAAGCGAAACCUUCAGCGUUUGUUCGUGAUGGUUAAACAACUUUCUAGCGCUACAAACGAUAAACUCCAAAGUGCCUUCAUGCUGAUUCUUCGUCACAUCGUCGAAGACGAAGCUACUAUCCGGCAGAUCAUGAGGAGCGAAAUUGUGGCCAACUUUGAGUCCAAGACUACCCGUCAGAUGGACACGAACGGCUAUGUACGACAUAUGUAUCACCUCGUGCUGAGAGCUCCUGAUAUCUUUGUGGAGGUUACAAAUGAAAAGCUACGGUUGCUCCGAUAUGACAACCAUCAACGUCCACAGGUUCUUGGAUUGAAGGCCGACAAGGAUCGGCAGCAAAAGCGAGGAAGAGCCAGUGUCUUUAUUGAAGAGCCGAAGCCAGAAUCAUCUUCAGCGGGUGAAGCAUCUGCCCCUGAAGGCACGGACAAGGGCAAGGCCCAAACCAAGGGUGCCGAACUCAAGGCCCCAAUUGUGGAGAACCCGGAUGGUGUUAUUCAUUACCUGCUUUCGGAGCUUCUGUCCUACAAGGAUGUGGACGACAAAGAAACCAGUCUUGAAUUCUCGGAGCAGGCAGCUGACCAAUCCGAUACUCAAACUGAUGUUGAGAUGGCUGUGGACGAGCCAACACCUUCGAUUUCGAGCACUGCCGCAGCACAAACAUCUCGCGGUUCCAAGAAGGCAGAAAAGCCCCAAUUCAAGGCAGAUGACCAUCCGAUUUACAUCUACCGCUGCUUGCUCCUUCAGUGCUUGACGGAACUUCUUUCCUCUUACAACCGGACUAAAGUCGAGUUCAUCAACUUUUCCCGCAAGGCUGAUCCUCUAGCCACUACACCCUCCAAACCGCGCUCUGGCGUCCUCAACUAUUUGCUGAACGUGCUUGUUCCCCUUGGUACCAUGGAUCAUGAUGAGUCUUUGGUGUUCAAAAAGCGCAGUAUCACCUCCACAUGGACCAUGCAAGUGCUUGUUGCGCUUUGCACCAAGACCGGUGAAUUUGGUGGUGUUGGUAAACGUCGUACCGACCCUAAGUAUGAGGAGGAUGAGCCUGAGCUUGCUUUUGUCCGCCGCUUUGUGCUAGAGCAUGCUCUCCGGUCCUACAAGGAUGCUAUGGCCUCUACUGAACCCCUAGAUGUCAAGUAUUCCAAGCUCAUGUCUCUUGCUGACCUCUUCGAUAAAAUGCUCAGCGGCUACUCCUUCACCAACGAUGCGGGCUUCCCAACUUCAACCAGGCAGCUCGCGAAGACCAUGUUCGAAAAGAAUUUUAUCCCCGCGCUCACUUCUUCCGUCGCCGAUGUCGACUUGAAUUUCCCGUCCUCUAGACGUGUCAUUAAGUAUAUUCUUCGUCCGUUGAAUAAACUUACCCAGACUGCCGUACUUCUCAGCGAGACCUCGGACAUCACUAUCCAAGGUGAUAACGAGGAUGAUGAGAUCUCAUCGGCAACUUCCGUUUCUGACAUGGAAGAUGAACGCGAAGAAACACCUGACCUCUUCCGCCACUCCACUCUCGGCAUGCUAGAGCCUCGUCAUGACGAGGAAGAGAGCAGCACCGAAGAAUCGGAGGGUGAGGACGAUGAGAUGUACGAUGAUGAAUAUGACGAAGAAAUGGACUACGACGAGGAUGUCGCUGAAGAUGAUGGUGAAGUCGUUAGCGACGAAGACGACGAUGGCAUGGGUCCAAUUGAAGGUCUUUCCGGAGAUGCAGUCGAAGUCAUCCUUGACGAAGAUGAUGACGAGGACGAGGACGAAGAUGAUGAAGACCACGACCAUUCGGACAUGCAUGAUGACAUGUAUGAUGGAGAAAUCGGUGGUGACAGAGACAACGAAAGCCUCGAAGAUGGCGCAGAGGACGAAUGGGAAAGUGAAGAAAUGACCGAAGACGAAGAAGAGGUCGAGAUGAUGAACCAGUUUGAAGAUGAAAUGGCCGACAUCAGACAAUCCACUAGACACCAAGGUGAAGAUCAACAUCUUGGUGACCUAUUCCGUGCCCUCAAUGGUUCCGGUGUUGAUGAUAUCCAUGGAGAUGCUCUAGGUGGUGAUAUUCACGAAGAAAUCGAUGACCUCGAUGAAGAUGUUGAAGACGAAGACGAAAUGGAUGAACUUGACGAGGACAUGGAUGAUUUCGAUGAGGACCAAGGAUCUUAUGAGGAUAUGGAAGACGAUGAUCUUCUUGAGCCGUGGGGAUGGGAAGGCGAUGAACCUCCAAUGGCCCGAGGACAUGCGCAAUCCCGCUUCCGCGCAGCCCCACCACCGGCCUGGGCUACCGUCACUGAAAUCAUGCCGGGUCGCCCAUCCGGUCUCGUUCCCAUUCAGCCUUACCACCGUGUCCACCGAACCCAAAUCCCGACUCACGGCAACGACGAUGGCACUAAUCCUCUUCUCGUCCGGACUGACCGCCCAGAUCCUACUGUUCCACCUCGGGUUGCUGCUGAUGCUUUCGCCGAUUGGGGCCAGUCUAUGGACCCUGCAGGUGGCCGGGUUGUUGCCAUGGAUAGCCCCAUCAGCUUCAUGAAUGCCAUUAUGCAAGCCAUUGGCGGGCAGGCAGCGCCAGGUUUCGGCGUUGUCACUCGCCCUGAUGGUAUUCACGUCCAUGUCGACCGACGGGCGGUCUUGCCUGGUCGUAUCCAGGAUAUGCUCGGGAUUCCCCGAGGAGCAGGCCCUCCAACUCGCACUCGCGGCGACGACCCUCACACUGCCGUCAAGUUUGGUCUUGGUACCACCAGAAACCGCUGGCAAGAAGAGGCCCACAUUAUCUUCAACAGCCAGUAUAUUGAGCGGACCCAGCGCGUCGUCAACUCCAUUCUGAGGCUCUUGGUUCCCCCUGCCAUCGAGGAGGAGAAGCAGCGCCAGAAGCUCGCGGAAGAGGAACGCAAGCGUGUUCAAGCCGAAAGGGCUGAAAAGGACCGCCAAGAUCGCAUUGCCGCUGAAGAAAAACAGCGCGAGCUUAAGCAAAAGGAGGAGGAGGAGAACGCCCGGCUACAGGCAGAGAAAGAACAACAGGAAGCCGAGCGCCAAGCUGCAGGGGUUGAUGAGCCCAUGGAAGACGUCCAAGAAACCGAUACGGUUGAAGACGCUGGCCCAUCUACUCAACCCGAAGCCCAACCCGCUGAACCCGCUCGUCGAGUCUACACGAACAUCAGGGGCCGCCAAGUUGAUAUCACCGGUCUCGAGAUCGAUUCAGAAUAUCUAGAGGCUCUUCCUGAGGAACUUCGGGAGGAGGUCAUCAUGCAACAGCUUGCUGAACAUCGGUCCCAGGCUGCUGCUGCGGGUGAGGAGGAUACUGAGAUAAACCAAGAAUUCCUUGAGGCCUUGCCUGCCGAAAUCCGCGAAGAAUUGCUGCAACAAGAAGCGGCCGAUCGACGCCGACGGGAACGUGAGACCGCACGACGACAGGCGGCCGCUGCUGGUGGUGCUGGUGCUACUUCUAGCACUCAACCGGCGGAAGAAAUGGAUGCUGUUAGCUUCCUUGCCACUCUCGAUCCCUCUUUGCGCCAGGCUGUUCUGGCCGAUCAGCCCGAGGAUGUUCUCGCAACCUUGGGCCCGGAUUACUUGAAUGAAGCUCGUGGUAUGGGCGGUAGCGGCCGACGCAUGGCCCAGUUUGGUGACAUGAGUGCCAUUGAUCACCGCCAGCCUGCUGCAGGCCAAGAGUCGAAGAAAGAGCAGAGACGUCAAACUGUUCAAAUGCUCGACAAGGCUGGCGUUGCAACCCUUCUCCGUCUAAUGUUUAUGCCUCUUCAGGGCAACGCUCGCCAUCAAUUGAAUGAUAUUCUUCACAAUGUUUGCGAGAACCGCCAGAACCGGAGUGAAGUGCUCAGCGUUCUUCUUUCGAUCUUGCAGGAUGGCAGCGUCGAUUCCACUGCGAUCGAACGCAGCUUUUCUCAUCUUUCUCUGCGUGCAAAGGCACCAGGAGCACAAAAGACGCCUCAGUCUAAGCGAUCCCUCGCUAUCCAGACUGCCUCGAGCGUCAGCAGCGAAGUGACCCCGAUUAUGGUCAUCCAACAAUGUAUCGCCGCGCUGUCUUUCCUUUCGCAGUUCAACCCACACAUUGCUUGGUUCUUCCUAACGGAACAUGACUCUGCCUCAGCUGGUAAACUCAAGUCAUUGCGUAAGGGCAAAGGCAAAGAUAACCGAGCUAACAAGUUCGCUCUGAAUGCCCUGCUUUCUCUUCUUGACCGCAAGUUGAUAAUGGAAAGCCCUAAUUGCAUGGAGCAGGUGUCUAGCCUCCUGAGCAGUAUCACACAGCCAUUGACUGUUCUCCUUCGUCGUGAGAAGGAGCGACAGGAAGAGGACAAGGGCAAGAAGCCUGAGCGACCUCAAAUCGAAGCAUCUGCCGAACUUGCUGAGGCUGCCGACUCCAGUAUGGACACAUCCAUGACGGAUGCUCCGCUUCCCACUGUGGAAACUUCCGAAGUCCCUAGUGAAGAGACCGCAGAGGGUGAAGAGGCUACUUCAGCUGAAGCCAAGAAACCUGAAGAUUCCAAGGAGCCCACCGGGGACGGGAAGCGCAAGAAGCGAACCAUCGAGCCUCCUGUCGUUCCGGAUCACAACUUCCGAUUAGUUGUCCACAUCCUUGCGGCUCGUGAGUGCAAUGGCAAGAUAUUCCGCGAUACACUUUCCACCAUCAACAAUCUUUCCGCUAUUCCCGGAGCUAGAGAUGUGAUCGGCAAUGAAUUGGUUGCUCAAGCGCAGGCCCUCAGCGAUACCAUCCUGGGUGAUUUGGAGGAUCUUCUCCCUCAUAUCCGCCAGGCCAAGACUGGUACCGACAUGCAAGGCCUUGCUCUGGCCAAGUUCUCCCCGGCUAGCUCAGACCAGGCGAAAUUGUUACGUAUCCUGACCGCACUUGAUUAUCUGUUUGACCAAGCACGAGCGGACAAGUCCAAGGAUAUCGAGCCUAGAUCCGCUCCGAAGGAAGAUGUGCUCAAGAAACUCUAUGAAAGCGCCACUUUCGGCCCGCUUUGGAGCAAACUGAGCGACUGCUUGACUGUCAUUCGGCAGAAAGAGAAUAUGCUGAACGUGGCUACUAUUCUCCUCCCUCUCAUUGAGGCAUUGAUGGUCGUUUGCAAGAACACCACGCUGAAGGACCAGCCGCUAUCUCGCGGCAGCCGCGAAUUGUCAGUCAACAGCACCCCAGCCGAUGCUGGUCUCAGCAUGGAAAACAUAUUCUUCAAGUUCACAGAAGAACAUCGCAAGAUUCUCAAUGAGCUCGUCCGCCAGAACCCCCGCCUGAUGAGCGGCACAUUCUCUCUAUUGGUCAAGAACCCCAAGGUCUUGGAAUUCGAUAACAAGCGCAACUACUUCACUCGUCGUGUCCACUCCCGCGGUGCCGAGCCUCGCCACCCUCAUCCUCCUCUUCAGCUCUCUGUGCGCAGAGCUGAGGUUUUCCUUGACUCUUUCAAGUCAUUGUACUUCAAGAGCGCGGAUGAGUUGAAGUAUGGCAAAUUGAAUGUACGAUUCCAUGGCGAGGAGGGUGUCGAUGCUGGUGGUGUCACCAGAGAAUGGUUCCAGGUUCUUGCGCGUGGCAUGUUCAACCCCAACUACGCUUUGUUCAUCCCUGUCGCCGCUGAUCGGACCACAUUCCACCCCAAUCGCCUCAGUGGGGUCAACUCGGAGCAUCUGAUGUUCUUCAAGUUCAUCGGGCGCAUCAUCGGUAAGGCCUUGUACGAAGGUCGUGUUCUCGACUGUCACUUCAGUAGAGCAGUCUACAAGAAUAUCCUCGGACGAUCCGUGUCUAUCAAGGAUAUGGAAACGCUCGACUUGGACUACUACAAAUCACUUCUGUGGAUGCUGGAGAACGACAUUACCGAUAUCAUCACCGAAACCUUUUCCAUUGAAACCGAUGACUUUGGCGAGAAGCAGGUCAUCGACCUGAAGCCCGGUGGUCACGACAUUCCCGUUACACAGGAGAACAAGGAAGAGUACGUUCAGCGCGUGGUCGAAUAUCGCCUCGUCGAGUCGGUUCGUGAACAACUGGACAACUUCCUCAAGGGUUUCCACGAAAUCAUUCCUCCCGAGUUGAUCUCCAUUUUCAACGAGCAAGAGCUGGAACUUUUGAUUUCUGGUCUUCCUGAGAUUGAUGUGGACGAGUGGAAGAACAACACCGAGUAUCACAACUACUCCGCGUCCUCUUCGCAAAUCCAGUGGUUCUGGCGUGCCGUCCGCUCGUUCGACAAGGAGGAGCGUGCCAAGCUGUUGCAGUUCGUCACUGGAACCAGUAAGGUUCCUCUCAAUGGCUUCAAGGAACUUGAGGGUAUGAACGGUGUGAGCAAGUUCAACAUCCAUCGCGACUAUGGCCAUAAGGAUCGCCUUCCCAGCUCGCAUACCUGCUUCAACCAGCUUGAUCUUCCUGAGUAUGAAAGUUACGAAGAUCUCCGUCAACGCCUUUACACGGCCGUCACGGCUGGAAGUGAGUACUUCGGAUUUGCCUAG